AUGCCGUCCCCUCUGGGCGGCACGAGGAGGUGCUUCUGGAGCCUCCUCCUCCUGACCCUGAUCCUGUUCCUGCUGGCCGGCCUCCUGCACGUGGACAUCAAAAUGUUCACACCCCUGCUCAGGGGCCAAGCUGAGGGGCCGCCCAUCACCAACGUCAUGUUCCUCAAGACGCACAAGACCGCCAGCAGCACGGUGCUCAACAUGCUCUUCCGCUUCGCCGAGGCGCACAACCUGUCCGUGGCGCUGCCAGCCAGCUCGAGCUUCCACCUGGGCUACCCCUGGCUCUUCCAGACCCGCUAUGUGGAGGGCGCACAGCAGGACGGCCCGCAGCAGCAAUUCAGGCAAUUCAACAUCAUGUGCAACCACCUGAGGUUUAACCCAACAGAGGUGCAGAAAGUGAUGCCCAACGACACUUUCUACUUUACUAUCCUCAGAAACCCCGUGUUCCAGCUGGAGUCCUCCUUCAGCUACUACAGAAGGGCCGCACCCGCCUUCAAGGCCGCGGCGAGCCUGGAUGCCUUCCUCGCUGCCCCGCACACCUACUACAACCAGAGCCUGGGCCUGAGCAACGCCUACGCCAGGAACCACAUGUGGUUCGACCUGGGCUUUGACCCCAACGCGCUGGUGGAGGAGAGCUACGUCAGCGCGCGCCUGGCCGAGGUGGAGCAGCGCUUCCAGCUGGUGCUCAUCGCUGAGCACUUCGACGAGUCCAUGGUGCUGCUGAGGCACCGGCUUCGCUGGCGGCUGGACGACGUUGUCUCCUUCAAGCUCAACUCGCGCAGCCAGCACAGCGUCACCAGCCUGACGCCGGAAGGCCAGGAGCGCGCCAAGCGGUGGUGUGCCCUGGACUGGCUCCUCUACCAGCACUUCAACCGCACCUUCUGGGCCUCGUUGCUCACCCAGCUCGGCCAAGGGCGGCUGCACUCAGAGGUGGCCCAGCUGCGGGCGCGGCGGCAGGAGCUCACAGCUCUGUGCCUUCAGGACAGCGCGCCCAAGAACAAGACGCAGAUCACUGACCGCAGGCUGCAGCCCUUCCAGUCGGGGGAGGCCGACAUCCUGGGCUACAACCUUAGGACCGACUUGGACAACGAGACCCUGCGCAUGUGUCAGAGGAUGGUCAUGCCAGAGCUCCAGUACAUGGCCCGCUUGUACACCCUGCAGUUCCCCGAAAAGCCCCCCAAGAACAUCCCCUUCCUGGAGGCGUAG